UUUUGUCCCUCGACUCUUUCCGUCAUGAACGGAUCGUGUUGCCAGGAGACGGCGGAAGUGUUUGACUGCCUCCACGAUGGAGAAGUAUGAGAAAAUCAAAGUUGUUGGAAGAGGAGCAUUUGGGAUUGUCCACCUGUGUCGCCGACGCAGCGAUGGGGCCUUUGUCAUCUUGAAGGAGAUCCCGGUGGAGCAGAUGUCCAGGGAUGAACGCCUGGCCGCUCAGAACGAGUGUCAGGUGCUGAAACUGCUCAACCACCCAAAUAUCAUUGAGUACUAUGAGAACUUCCUGGAAGACAAGGCUCUCAUGAUUGCUAUGGAGUAUGCACCAGGUGGAACCUUGGCUGACUAUAUACAGAAGCGCUGUAACUCCCUGCUGGAUGAAGACACCAUCCUUCACUUCUUUGUGCAGAUCUUGCUGGCCCUGUACCACGUGCACAACAAACUCAUCUUGCACAGGGACCUCAAGACGCAGAAUAUUCUCCUCGACAAGCACCAGAUGAUUGUCAAAAUCGGUGACUUUGGAAUCUCCAAGAUCCUUGUCAGCAAAAGCAAAGCAUACACUGUGGUUGGGACACCAUGCUACAUCUCACCAGAGCUGUGUGAGGGAAAGCCGUAUAACCAGAAGAGUGACAUCUGGGCUCUGGGUUGUGUCCUCUAUGAGCUGGCAAGCCUCAAGAGAGCCUUUGAGGCGGCUAAUCUCCCAGCCCUGGUUCUGAAAAUCAUGAGUGGCACCUUCGCCCCGAUAUCUGACCGUUACAGCCCGGAACUUCGUCAGCUCAUCCUCAACAUGCUCAACCUCGAUCCCUCCAAACGGCCUCAGCUCAAUGAAAUCAUGGCUCUGCCCGUCUGCAUCGGACCGCUGCUCAAUCUCUACACAGACAUUGGAAGUGUCAAGAUGCGCAGGAUCGAGAAACCACUAUCCACUGUGCAGACUGGUCCUCAAGGCAGGGCAGGAGCACGAGUACCGACCAACAGAUCCAGAGAUGGACCAGGCAUGUCUGCAACAGGAAAGGUGCAUUCCCUGCGCCUGUCUUCAGUGUACACUUGGGGCAGCGGCAUUUCCAGCCCGCUUCGUCUGCCCAUGCUCAACACUGAGGUGCUCCAGGUGUCGCUGGGCCGGACUCAGAAGAUGGGGGUGACAAAGACAGGCCGUCUGAUCACGUGGGAGGCUCCCUUUGUGGGAUCCGCCGAGCUCAGUCUGCCUGGAGCAGUGGAGCAGAUGCAGCCUCAGUUCAUCUCACGCUUCCUGGAGGGUCAGUCUGGAGUCACCAUCAAGUUGGUAGCCUGUGGCGAUCUUUUCACCACCUGCAUGACAGACAGGGGCAUCAUCAUGACCUUUGGAAGCGGAAGUAAUGGCUGCUUGGGACAUGGGAACUUCAAUGAUGUUACACAGCCCAAGAUAGUGGAGGCGCUCCUCGGCUACGAACUGGUCCAGGUGUCCUGUGGUGCCUCCCACGUGCUGGCCGUGACCAAUGAGAGAGAAGUAUUUGCCUGGGGAAGAGGAGACAAUGGUCGCCUCGGGCUGGGCACCCAAGACGGCCAUAACUGUCCCCAGCAGGUGUGUUUACCUGUGCAAUUUGAAGCCCAGAGAGUGGUGUGUGGUGUGGACUGCUCCAUGAUCAUCAGCACUCAGAGCAGCAUUACAGCAUGUGGAAGCAACAGGUGCAACAAGCUGGGUCUAGACAAAAUAAGCGGCGGUGAGGAACCAAGCCCCUCCAAUCAGGUGGAGGAGGUCCACUCUUUUACUCACGUUCAAUCAGCUCCUCUCAACACAGAGAAGAUUGUCUGUAUUGACAUUGGUACGGCGCACUCUGUCGCCGUUACAGAGAGCGGCCUGUGCAUUACCUUUGGUAGCAACCAGCAUGGUCAGAUGGGCUGUAGUUCUCGCCGGGGCAGUCGUGUGCCCUACCUGCUGCCCAGCCUUCAGAACAUUACCAUGGCUGCUUGUGGAGAUGCUUUCACUCUAGCCAUUCGAUCCGAUGGCGAGGUGUACACCUGGGGAAAGGGCGCCCGCGGACGCCUCGGAAGAAAAGAGGAAGACAUGGGCAUACCCAAGGCGGUGCAGCUCGACGAGAGCCACACGUUCACGGUGACAUCGGUGGCUUGUUGUCAUGGCAACAGCCUGCUGGCGGUGAAACCUUUGCCUGAUGAAGCUGUCCCAAGAUGACCACAACGGCUGCAAUUGUCAAUUCCACCCAAAGAACACAGAUGGUUCCAGCCAAAAGAUUCUCCUAUGGCCUAAAACACGUCAGUCUUGAACAAAACUAUUAGAAUCCAAGGAGUCAACAGGAUCACCAUAUUUCUUUGCAUUCAUCCCAAAGCGGGUUUCACGGGGCUCUUCUUCACCAAACUCAACCAAGCAUAUUUUCAUGGGCAUUGUUUGUGCUUUGUGCCCUGGGAAAGAAAAAGGUCUUCCCUAAACUGUUCCCACAGAUGCAAGCAUAGGAUUUUUUUUGUAUAUUUACUGUACAGUGUCGCAACCGCUGUGCUGCGCCACACAAUGUGCUUAGUUCUGUCAUGGCAGGAAGUCAUUGGCCCGCUGUCACACGGUGAAGCCAUUGUCCUCCCUCACGUGCACGAUGAACCACGAAAAGGCCAGCAAGCUGGUUUGACGACCUCUUAAGCCAGCUGGCAGGUGAAUGAGUUGUUACAAACGAGCACACGAGCCCCGAAAGAAAGACAAGAAGGAAAGAAAAAAACACUUCAGUGUUUAGCAAGUCAUCAGUCAAAUGACCCAAACCUGAUGGAACGUUGAUCCCGUCCACAGUGGUCACAUUAUGCUUUAUUGGAUUAGCCCUCCACUGCACUUGUGUGUCAAAGCAGAUAACGACAUGCUGCCAAGUGUUCAAGACUUAUAACACCGUUGUUUCUGCAGUAAAAACAAGUAUUUUACUUAUAGUAUUACAUAUUUCUUACACAAAAAAAACAAUAUUUCUGUGGAUUUCAUUGGAGAAGAGCGCCUCUGGGGGCUGCUUAAGAAGCAUACAAAGAGGUAGAAUUGGGAUGUGAUGCUUGUUGGAGGUUUUAAAUGUGGGUUAUCGUGUGUUUUGAGCUCAAAUCUAAUUAUGGAAGAAAUAGGUGCCUCCACCUUUGUAAUGUGCCUCAUUAGCUGUUAUUAUUAUGAGUAGAUUUACCAUAACAUCCCAUUGUAUUGUUAUUGUGUGUUGUAGUGUGUGACCACUUCAAAAAAAAAACUGCAAUUACGUUUUAUGCACCAUUUUAUCUGUUUCAAUAGCAAUUGUCUCCCAUGUGGCUGUAUUACCAUUGUUUCCUCCAGUGAUGAUGUAAUGGUGAUGUAAUGCCGUUGCAAUACAGCAGGUGAAAACUGAUCUGUGUGCCAGGUGUGUGUGCUCUGUGUUGUACCCAUGUCAUACAAAAGGUGAAAGGUAUGUUCACGGGUAGGGAAAAGAUGUAUUAUUAAUUGUUGCUUUAAUUGGGAAAAAAAAAAACUUUAUUUUUGUCUUUCUUUGAAACUCCACCACUAGAGGGCGCGGCUCACCACUGGCAGCAUGGAGAGUUCUUUAUCGGGAUAUACGGGGGGAAGGAAAACAACCACCUCCAGCACCAGACGGACGUGAUAAGAACCCUUCAUCGGCUUGAAGUGUGCACCACAAAGGGCGACAACCGCAAGGAAGGCUGCAGGAUCUACAAGGACAAAGACAUAGACGGGG